AUGUUUCUCUUCUUCUUUUUUUGUCACAAGAAUAAUCAUGUUUCUCUAACAUUAUAUAAACUUGGAAAAUCAAGCUCGGCGGAACCGAAUAUCCUAUUUGCUGAGGCCCUGGCUAGGACAACAGCUACGUUUAUUUCAACUGCGACCAUACUAGUCCCGCUAGUAACAUUCAUCUUGGCUGCUAUACUUAGAACGGAACAUGUACAUCUUGGAUCAAAAUAUGGAAAAGCUAAAGUGAUUGGGACACUACUUGGCGUUGGUGGAGUAUUUUUCUUUGUAUUGUACAAAGGAAAAGAGAUCCAUCUUUGGUCGUCUCCUAUUCAUCUAGGAGGCCGGCCACACAGUAAUACCACUCCCAACAUUUCUAUACUUGCGGCAUUUCUUGCUCUAGGAGGCGUAAUCUCUUAUUCCUUUUGGGUUCUAUUGCAGGUUAAGAUAGGUAACGGACUUGGAGGACCUUAUUGGAACACUGCUUUGAUGAAUAUGAUGGGUAGCUUGAUGGCUCUUAGUUGGAAACCCGAUUUAGAAGAAUGGAGAUUAGGAUGGGAUAUUAAACUGUUUGCCCGCAUCUUUUCGGGAAUUAUGAUUUCCGGGAUGGCAUUUGCUGUCAUUGUGUGGUGUGUGGACGCUAAUGGACCAGUAUUUGUGUCCAUGUUUAGGCCUGUAAGACUUGUGGUUGUUGUCAUCGUCGCAUCACUUAUUUUACAAGAGCCUAUUCAUUCCGGGAGGUACAAAAUCCUCAUCUAG